AUGCAGAACUACAAAUCUACUGUUUCACUACGGAAAGAGCGGCCAAGGGCUCUUGCUCGUUGGAUUCACCUUCUCGGCCAGGCGGCACUACUUCAAGCGUCCCGGUGUCCGGUUCUACUAUCUGCUACGAGCAUAACAAUACCAACUGAAGGUGCUCCAGUCAAUCCAAUCCAAGAUUUCAAAAUUUAUGUCAGUAAAGCUUCGACAGAGACAUUAUCGGAAGAGCUUUCAAAGCUUCUUACUAAGCCCUUACAACGAAGCGAUAUCAAAUACCAGGGCUCAAUUUACAUAUUCUGGCAAACGCCAAAUUUUGGCCACUUGAAAAUCGGACGCUCUGGAAACAUACACCGCCGCCUCAAUGAAUGGAACAAACAGUGCAAAAAGGAAAUGAGGAUCCAUUUCCCCGACUUUGCGGGAAAUCAGAAUAAGAGCUUGCCUGAUAUGCAACAGGUCCCGCACAUAUCCCGCGUCGAAGCUUUGGUGCAUUUGGAAUUGAAACGCCACAGAAAAAUCGAGGAAAGGUGCCCUGGCUGCUAUAAAUCACACAUGGAAUGGUUUGAGGUCUCUAAAGAGACUGCAGUAAAAGUUGUCCGCAAGUGGACUUCCUGGAUGGCAACACUGCCAUAUGAGAAACAUAUGAAAGAUGGCGAAGAGCAGUGGCUUCUGAAAACAGAGGAAUUCAAAAAUCUGCAUAAGCUGUGUCAGCCAACGGAAGAAUUUCGUACCCCUUAUCGCCCUUUGAAGGAGCGAACGUCCCUUUCCCGUCCGCGGCACUCGCUUCCGGACACUGGGCGAGAGGAAAGAGCGCGGUUUCUCGGAUUUUAG